AUGCGUCACGGAUCAGUCCUCGUAGCCAUCACGGCUACCUUGUUUCCAUCACAAGUCACGGCCAAGGACGUCCCCUCGGCUCUCAAAGCUUUCUACAACAAGGCCAGAAGCGGCGGCGACUGCACAGGUGCCGACGUUCUCCAAAGGGGCUUCCACAACACCGAAUGGAGCGGCGGUCACACAACCUACUGCACCAAGUACCUCCCCACCGGCAAGGGCUUCUACCUCAAGGGUCCCGGGUCCGACCUCGCAAACAUGGACAUCGACUGCGACGGGGAGCAGAGCCGCGGCGACGGACGCUGCGGGUCGUCAACGGACAUACAGGGCCAGACGCGGUGGGGUUUGAAACACCUCGAGAAGCACGGGGUCAGGGAUCUCAACGCAAACAUCCACCCGUAUGUCGUCCUCGGGAAUGAAGGCAGCUACAGCCCGACGUUUGACCCGCGCACGGCUGGCGUCGAGCCCCUGAGCAUCGUGGCCGUCGUGUGCGGCGACGAGCUCGUCUAUGGAGUCUGGGGCGACACCAACGGGGAUGACAACGAGCAUCCCAUGGUUGGAGAAGCCAGUCUGGCGCUGGCGACCGCAUGCUAUGGCCCGAGGAUCAGCGGUAACAGCGGCCAUGAUGAGGCCGAUGUGCUGUACAUUGCUUUUGCGGGCAUGGAGGCUGUGCCUGCAAGGGCCAAGUGGGAUGCGGACAGCUACGAGGCGUUCGAGCAGAGCAUCACUGCGCAAGGGGAUCAGUUGGUCGCGCAGUUGUAUGGCGAUAAGUCAACAGCGACCGGUGGCACUGAUGCUCAACACACGCCUUCAUCGAGCAACAGCAACAGCCACAGCGACCAUGACGACGAUAACUCAAAGCACAAUCACAAGUCCGGCGGUGCACGACGGAGCACAAUACCACGACUUUGCCACAUCAUUCUGGUUGCCUCUGUCGCCUUGUUCGGCCUCGCCUGA